CGCCGCCGAUGCAGUGUCAUUCCACUUCGUUGUCUGUUUUGAUAUUAAGUUUAUUUUUGUUGUUUUUGUUUGGUUAGAAGAAUGGAGGAACUGCUGGACUUUCGCGACUUUACCGAACUGGAAGCAUUUAAGUUCGACGAUGAAAAGGUGUCCACGGUCACAUCCAGAGAACAGCAAAAAACUGAAAAUUCCAUAGAAAAAUGUUUUGAUCGCUAUCUGCAGCUGCGUUACUCGGAUCGGCGGAUAUCGAAAUUCCAUCGUAAAGAACAUCAAAGGUUUCUCGAAUGUAUGUUACAUCGUUUGCCACCGAAUUACGAGUGUUUGGACAGUAGCAGACCCUGGUGUGUUUAUUGGAUUUUGCAAGCGGCUCAUGUGCUAAAUUUUACGUAUUCUCCGGAAACAUUGGAACAUGUAGUUCAAUUUUUGGAAAAAUGCCGUCAUCCUCAGGGCGGUUUUGCCGGUGGUCCAGGCCAAUAUCCACAUUUGGCAACAACCUAUGCAGCUGUAAAUAGCUUGGCCAUGAUUGGCACGCCCAGUGCAUUUCGUGCCAUAGAUCGUGACUCCCUGGAGAAAUUUUUGUUUUCUGUACGUGAGCCUGAUGGCUCUUUUCGCCUACACGUUGAUGGUGAGACUGAUGUAAGAGGUGCCUACUGUGCCGUUUCCGUGGCCAAACUAACAAAUAUGCCUGAAGAAACACUGAAGAAAUUAUUUGAUAAAACUGGCGAUUGGAUUGCAAGUUGUCAAACAUAUGAGGGAGGUUUUGGUGGGGCACCCGAUUUAGAAGCCCAUGGUGGUUACACGUUUUGUGGUAUAGCGGCAUUGGCAAUGCUCAACGAGGGUCACAAAUGCCAGCAGGAACAGUUAUUGAAAUGGACAUUACAAAGACAGAUGGCCUAUGAGGGCGGCUUUCAGGGACGCACCAAUAAACUAGUUGAUGGUUGUUAUUCAUUUUGGGUAGGAGCUACCAUACCCAUUACCCAGGCUAUUAUGAAUAAUGAUGGCAAACCAUUAAAGAAAGCACUCUUCGAUAUUGGCGCUUUGCAGGAGUAUAUAUUACUUUGCUGUCAAAAAGCCAGUGGUGGUCUCAUUGACAAACCAGGAAAACCCCAAGACCUCUAUCACACCUGUUAUACCCUUAGUGGCAUUGCAAUUGCUCAACAUUCUGAAUCAGCUGAAAUUCCUGCAGUUUUGGGCGAUCCAGCUAAUGAAUUGCUGCCAACGCAUCCUCUGUUUAAUGUACCUCCAGACGCUGUGGCCCAUACAACACAUUUCUAUGAGCAGUUAAAUAAAUUACGUUCCUUUGCCGACUUCAAUAUAAAUGAUGUCGACAAUGACGAUGUUGUGGAAGAUCCUGUAGAAGAAGUAUAAUUAUGAAAAAGAGUUUGUUAAAUUAUACGAAAAAAAACAUUGUAUUUUUACUACUUAUUUAAAUGAAAUGUUAAAAACUUAUUUUGUAAAUGUAUUUUAUGUAUAGUGAA